CUCUCAUGAUGUCCAGUCGUUCUGAGUAUUGCUAUUGUCACGUCGAUCACGCAUAGCGCAGCCUAAUACUGUCUGACAUUGGCGGUGCGAAAGGCGGGUCAUGAUGAGCGCCGAGCCCCGGACAAGCUUUUAGACAUCCGCACUGGUAGUUGGAACGGCGCAGCAGGGAACGGACGAGCGUCGCGCCUUAUUUUAGGUAGGGCCAUGCCCAUGUCUUUACGGGCUGCCAUUCCGCUUUCUGGAAUCCGGCGAUCUCUUUCAACGUCCUUCCCCGGUGUAGGACCGACUCCCAAACGACAACAUGCUACGAUAUGACAGUAUCCUCAAAUUCGCCCUCGUCCCGUCGAUCAUCUUUCUCCUUCUAUCCGUGGUCUCGGUGGCGUUGACAACGCAUUAUUGGAUCCUCACAGACUGGGUUAUUCCUCGAGGUAUCAAAGUAGUAACGAGCGAGUUCAAUGACCGACUGCAACAAUACGUCGUCGAUGACACGAUUGUCUAUUUCAGAGAGGCGCCAACAGAUGCCACCAUUGUCUCCGGAUGUUUGAAUCUGACGGCGGCCGUGGUGGCUCUUAUUGCUUGGAGUACGUUGCGGAAACCGGACAUGGACUCGCAGUACAAUAGUAGCACACGUCGCUUCUGGAUGCUCAGCAUUGUUGUCACCACAAUUGCUGGGUCUGCCACGGCUAUCGCAGCUGUCGUGCUUCACUACACUGAACGAGGCGACGAUAAGUGGGGCUGCACUUCCGAAAGGCUCAUGAUGAGUGGUCAAAUGAACACCAACGUAUACUGUACGCGCGAGAUGGCAACCUGCAAUUACCAACCGGGUUUUAUCCCAAGGGGAGACCGUGAAAAUGCCAGCGUAGCAUGUGCCGAGGCGGUCACCGUCAAGUGGUUGCAGAUCGUACUGGCCGUUAACGCGCUGAUACUGCUAGUGAUGUUCUCUUUGCAAGCAUUUUUCCGAAGAAAGUCACGACAGGCACGACUGAAUGAACCAGUACCGGAGGAAAAGAUGUAAUGCGGCUGACAUCCUAUUACCGGUUCGACACUUACGAUACGAUCACGAGAAUUUAUGACACGUUCUUUCGCUAUUCAUUUUCACUCAAGCGUUGCAUUAUUGGAGUUUAGGCUACGGCCUCGGAACAUUCUUUUGUAGCGGACGAUAGUUUCUAGGACGAGACGGGCGGGUACAUUACUUCAUCGUCUCGCGCAGUCUAAUGUCAGAACGGCCGUUGAGGUAAACAUACUUCUGUAUAGUGUGGGCUCCAUAUAUCAUAACGUACCUGGAUAUACACAUAUGCUUAUACUAUCGGAGGUAUGCAUACCAAAAGUGUACCCUGGAAGU